AUGUCCUUCGACACCACAGCUCUUCGAGUUGCGCUUUAUUUCGCCUUGUCUCUCUUCUCUAUCGUUCUCCUGGGUCUGACCGCUGCAAGAAUCAACUACACGACUCAUCUUCUAGAAGGAGACCCUCUGAAUGGAGGUGUUAAUUUUUAUGACCCAAUCGUCGCAGAACUGCUCGCAACCUCAAUAUUGAUUAUGCUGUGGUCCUGGUUUGUCAUCUUCACCAUCCACAAACGCCGAGAGAACCGUUUCAUCUCCACUUUCCGCGGUGAAUUGAUCGGCUCGUUCAUCCUCUGGGUUAUGCUUCUUGUUGGUGCCGCGAUCGCUACGAGUCACCGGUCCCCGGAAAGCCCCGACCCCAACGCUCGCUGGGGCAACCUCAGCUCGUGCCGCAUGUAUCAAACGUGCAGAAUCCUCACAGCCCUCGUCGCCUUCUCCUGGAUCACCUGGUCUACGCUUACGAUUAUCAUGAUCAUCAGCAUUGUGUUUGCAAGCGUGAACCGUGGUUGGAAUGAGCCCAUGCACGGAAGGUGGGACCCCAGGGCCAGCCUGUAUAGGGAUUCGAGGACUGGCCCCCAGAUGACCACGAGGCCGACUUCGUAUGCUUAG